AUGGAAAGUACGUCACCUGAUGGAGACAAACCAAGCAUAAAUCACGUAGAAGGAGGAAGAUUCACAAGGGAAGGACAUUGGAAUACAGCGAGGGAGCUGCUUUUAGCACCUGGGUCACCAAACGCAGCUCAGUCAAAGAAGAAGGCUCGUAGUAGUAGGGGUACUAAGAGGGCUCAACUAAGUGUACGGCGCUGUGGGAACUGUGGAGAGCCUGGACACUACGCUACAGUAUGUGUAAAGGAUACGAAAGACUUUUCUGAAUCCAAGCUGAGCGAGCCUAUGCACUACCAGAACCCAAAAUCGCCAUCGAUCUAA